AUGAUUCCGCCUCCUUCUCUGGCAUCUGCCACAGGUCGACUCUAUUUCCUCGAUGUUGGCAUCUCAACCUCAGACCUGAAUGGCCGGAUCCUUACCUGUCAGCCCGAUGGCUCCGAUUUGCGCGAGCUCAUUACACAAAUCAGAACAAUGCCUGAUGGUAUCGCUGUCGACAAAGCAAACCAACACAUCUACUGGACGAACAUGGGGUUUCCCUCUGCCAACGACGGAGGUAUCCAACGCUCUGAUUUGUCCGGAAGCAACAUUGUGACAAUUAUCCCCAAAGGCUGGACACACACACCCAAACAGCUGGUCAUUGCACCAGGAUCAAAGAAGCUGUAUUGGUCCGACCGAGAGGGAAUGAGAAUCAUGCGGGCGAAUCUGGACGGCAGUGACAUCGAGCUGCUCUACCGGGCCAAUCCCGGGAAUACCAACAAGCAAUCUUCCUUAGAUUGGUGUGUAGGUAUUGCCGUUGACGAGGAGUCCAACACUAUCUUUUGGUCGCAGAAAGGACCGUCCAAGAGCAACGAAGGAAGAAUAUUUCGAAUGGGCCUCGACUUAAAAACCGGUGAAGCACCUGGGAACAGAUCAGACGUUGAGUGUCUCUUGGACAACCUUCCAGAGCCUAUUGAUUUGGAGUUGGACCACGCAACAUCAACGCUAUAUUGGACGGAUCGGGGUGAUCCACCGUUUGGAAACACGGUCAAUUCGGUUGUUCUUGCCGAUCUGCCAGUGAGCGAAUUACAGCCAAAGAUCCUGGUUCGCAAGCUUCACGAAGGUAUCGGAAUCUCGUUGGACCUGAAGAAUGGACGGAUGUUCUUUGGUGACCUUGGGGGAUCUUUGUACAGCUCCAACUUGGAUGGAUCGUGCAAAAGCACUUUACUACACGACAUGGGAGGUGCGAUAACUGGAGUGGCCUACGUUGAGCUGUAA